CUGCGUCCGACUCGGAAAUGCAUGCGGGCAAGAAGGAUCGUAGAUCCUGCGAACGACGGGACGUGCGGUACAGGUCAUGCGAGUAAUGGACACUGCUAUGGUGUCGACCGAAGUUCAUCGCUCACCACCGCCGGCGCUCACCCUAUCGUCCAUUCUCACAUCACCUGAGGAUGGAGUGGCGACAGACGUCGACGGGCACGCGCCACCAGCUGCACUAUCGGUGUAUAGCCUGCGAACGGACGAACCCUCCGCGCGUUACAGCCACCCCUCCGCGCCCGGAGCCUCCUUCGGUACCUUCGCACAUCUCCAUUCGCUUCAAUAACCGUUAUCGCUACUCAAUGGCCAGAGGCACCGACAGGGCAUCAUUGUCUUGCGAUAUGCCAUCGUCGUUCCACUAUACAGGCCGCUCCAUCUCAUCAGUAUGGCUAUCCGGCCCGCAUCAGUCUCGCACUCCGUUCGCCCUGGAUUGGGCGGCGUCGCGCAACGUGGAAGGGGCGUCUAUCUUUUUCCUACACGCGCAUCAGGGAGGCCUAUGCACGCAGACGCACCUCAGAAGCGUCCGCACGCGCCUCAGAGACCUUCGCACGC